CAGUGAGAGUAAAUGUAAAUAAAGUGAGAAAUAUAUUUGCAUGUGUUGUGUGAAAAGUAAAUAAAUUUUUUGAUUUGGCUUUUUUAUAAACAAAAUUCAUAAAAAAUGGGUAAAACUUCCAAAGAUAAACGUGAUAUAUAUUAUCGUUUAGCAAAGGAAGAAGGCUGGCGUGCUCGUAGCGCUUUUAAAUUACUACAAAUUGAUGAGAAAUUUCACAUACUGAAAGGAGUUACUCGUGCCGUCGAUUUGUGUGCUGCACCCGGUAGUUGGUCGCAGGUGUUAUCGAAACGUCUAUACGAAAAUCGCAAUAACAAUGAAGAGGUUAAAAUCAUAGCCGUUGAUUUACAAGCUAUGGCUCCUUUAAAUGGUGUAAUACAACUACAGGGUGACAUUACUAAACUUAGUACAGCCCAAUCCAUUAUCGAACACUUUGGCGGUGAAGAUCAAAAGGCUCAAUUAGUUAUAUGUGAUGGUGCUCCCGAUGUAACGGGCCUACAUGACAUCGAUGAAUACAUUCAGAGUCAACUGUUGUUGGCUGCUCUUAGUAUAACAACACAUGUCCUAAUGACGGGCGGUAAUUUUGUGGCGAAAAUCUUUAGAGGCAAAGACACCAGCUUACUGUACUCACAAUUGAGAAUCUUUUUCGAAAAAGUAUCAAUAGCUAAGCCGGCUAGUUCAAGAAAUUCCAGCAUUGAAGCAUUUGUGGUAUGUCAAAAUUAUCGCUGUCCCGACGGCUAUAUACCGCAAAUGAUAAAUCCCAUGGUCGACGAUGUACAGGUUAUACAAAAUGCUACCGAAUCGAAAGUAAACAAAGAAUUGAUACCAUUUGUGGUGUGUGGAGAUUUAAGAGGUUUUGACUCGGAUAUGUCUUACAGUUUGAAUCUAAGUGAGGAUAAGGAAUAUACCUAUCGCGAAGUGGUGCAAAAGCCUAUAUCACCGGCUUACAAAGAGAUUUUAGAUAAACUAAAGAAUUGUUCUAUUAAACACUCGGCUAUUACCAUACAACAUCAAAAACCCGAGGAACCCGAAGAACCUACUGUAUACUAUUAAGACGAAAAAAAAAAACAUUUUUGACAUAUAUUUCGAUUUUAAUUCAAAUUAUAUAAUAAACAAACCUAUAUAAAACUAA